UGACCUGUACAGAUGUUCUCCAUGUUGGCGUGAUGUAACGUGAGUUACGGGACAACAACUUCGUUUGUGAUAUACUCCCACACAGUGAUGGCUGCUGGCCAGACGAAAAGACUGUUGAAAUCUAAAAGCGGGCUUCGAAUUGUCCCGACUAAGGACUGCGAUGGAAGCCCUUUUGAGUUAGCAGAGCCGCCUUGGGCACUUGAUCAGGAAUCGUCGCACUGUGUCCAGUGCCAUCACAAGUUCGACUUCCUCACUCGAAGGCACCAUUGCCGCCGUUGUGGAUAUGUAUAUUGCGGAAUUUGCUGCGGACAACGGUUGCCACUGCAGCGCAUGUGCUUCGUCGACCCCGUACGUGUGUGCCAGAACUGUCAGCCAGCUACCUUGCGCGAGAACGACUUCUACGACAGACACCUGCACGUACUGUUACGAGGCGCGAAAUUCAUGGCAUCACAGCAGGACAGUUCCAGCAGCAUGCCCUGCACCUGCAAGCUCACCAGUAGCCACAGGUUGAUUGAGGUGAAGGGUUCGGAUGUACUGGACGUACCUGUGUUGAGCGUCAACUCGUUUCAUAUGUUGAGAGGCUCCCCCGGUGACACCAACAGCAGCCUUAAUGGUGUGGUGCUCGACUACGGGUCCAAUGCGAUGCUGCAGCUCGAGGUUAUCCCUGGCAAUGAUGCUACCUGUGCUGUCCAGUGGCUGGUUGCUCUUUAUAAGGCCCUCAAGAUGAUCAGUGAUACCCAUGCCUGAGAACUUGCAGCAUUACCUCAUGACGUGCUUUUAUGGCACAGUGAAGCACGGAUGGAACGUCUACCACACUUACAACUUUAUCAGCAACAAUUGUAAUCGACUCACUGUACUCAUCAGUUUAUCGAUGGCUCUAUUUUGACGAAGCAAACUCUCAAUUCCCAUGUGGUAAUGCAGGCGAGCUUCCAUUGUAUGUGCUUUCAUUACCAAUUGGGUGAAAGUAUGAUAUAUGCAAAUCAAAGUAUGGAUCUGUGCCUUAGAGAUGAUAACCUGAUUUUUUAAUACUGUAUGAAUGUGAUUUUGUAUACCUGAAUCUUGAUAGCAUGAUCUGUAUUUACAUCAAUCAAUCAACUGAAUAAUGCACUGUUACCCUGUGAACAUAAUAAAAUACAUUGUUGUUA